AUGAAGUAUGAUUUAAAUUCUAUUACAGAAGACGGAAAAAUCGCAUUUACAGCUACGAACAGUAAAGACAUUGGACACUUAGGAAAUCAUCAAACUAUUGUGUUUGAUCGUGUUGUGACUAACAUAGGCAAUCAAUAUCAUCAACACAGCGGAAUUUUCACCACAACCGUCUCUGGUGUUUAUGUGUUUUUCUUUGAUUUAAGGGCUAGACAAAAUGCACAGUUAUAUGGAGCACUUGUAAAAGACGGAACAGUGCUAGUAGUGGCAUAUGCAUACGCACCAAAUGUGAGUCAUUACCAUCGUUCCGAUAGUAAUAUGGCAGUUACCCAUCUUAAUGAAGGAGACUCUGUUUGGGUACAGACUGUAGACGUUUAUCAGCAAACAAUUCUUUUAUUAGAUGACGGGUCUUCAUUUUCAGGUUUCUUACUUUAUCGAGAUUAA